AUGUCCGACGCAGGAUCCUCGCGGUCGGCGAGUUCUGCAUCAUCCUCGCGCUCUGUCACGCCAGGACCGCAGAUCCAAAAGGAUGGCUCUAUUCGGCAAAGGAGGAGAUCGCAGUCUUUCGACACGACCGACUCGGACUCAGAUGACGACUCAGACGAUGCGCCGGGUCCGCAGCCUGAGUCUGCACCUGCGAUAGACGACAAUUCCAGCGACAAUGGUGAUAAUGGUGACGUUGGUCCACCUCCUCCGCCCGCAGCAGAUGCAUCCUCUGCAAUUCACGGUCCCGACAAGCGCAUAUCAAAACGAGCGCACGAGUCAAUCGAAGAUGACCCGGCACAGCAGCACAAGAAGCGCAAAGCACCCGUCUUACCUCACGAAGCCACCUACCUCUCCAACCUACCGUCCGCCGACCGCUACUUCAAGUCGCUGAUGCACAGAGAUACGGUCAACUCGGUCACCGUUACUCCACGAUCCAAUUUUGUCAUCACCACCAGCGUCGAUGGCUGGGUCAAGUUCUGGAAGAAGUCGUCGCUCGCGCCACCAGCAUCUUCAUCAUCAGCCGCGUCCACCAAUGGUUCCGCUCCGGCAUCUUCCGUGUUUAGCGGGUCGUCGGUCGUCGAGUUCGUCAAGCAGUACAGAGCACAUCUUUCACCGAUCAUCGCGUGGAGCUGUUCAGCGGACGGCGCGACAUACGCGACUUUGGAUGCUGAGGCCAACAUCAAGGUUUUUGAUGUUGACAACUUCGACCUGAUCAACAUGAUCAAGCUGCCGUACAAGGCGCGAACUCUAGCGUGGGUGCAUCGAUCAGGUAGCGCCCGCACGCUGCUGGCGGUAUCCGACGAGGGAUCUGGCAACGUUCGCAUCUACGAUGGCAGAAGCGCUCCUGUGCAACAGCAGCAGGGCGGUGACAUCGAUGCAGAAGAAGUAGCGACAGGCUCCUCGACAGCAACGAGGGCUUCAACUGUGUCACACCAGCCCAUCUUCACAGCUUCAAAAGUGCACCGCUCGCCCGUGCACAUCCUUGCCUUCAACGCACAGCACAACGUCGUCGUCUCCUGCGAUAUCACAGGCUUUGUCGAGUACUGGGUGCCUGAAGAGCCCUUCGCCGCUCCAUCCUCAGCCAGAAUACCUGGCAUCUUCGAGCUCAAAUCGACCACCGACUUGUUUGACUUCAAAAAAACCAAGACGGUCCCGACGACACUCACCUUCUCCAAGGACGGCGAGAAGGUUGCCAUCUUCUCCAUCGUCGAUCGUCAGAUCCGCGUGUUCGACUUCCGCACCGCCAAGAUUGUUCGACGGUACGACGAGAGUCUAGAGGCUCUGCAAGCGAUACAAGCCCUGCCUGCGCCGAACCCCGAAGCUUCGGCAGACGCCGAUGGAGAAGGCGCCGCUGUGCAGCCGGAAGUUAAUUUCAGACUGGACCAGAUGGAGUUCGGACGCAGGAUCGCACUCGAGCGAGAGAUCACGUCCUCCAAUGCGUCCGGCCCCCUCUCUGGCCUGGCCAAUGCGAGCUCGCCCGCGCUGUGGAACGUCACAUUUGACGAGUCGGGCCACUUCCUCAUUUACGGCUCGCUGCACGGCGUCAAAUUUAUCAACCUUGUCACUGACCGAUGUGUUCGGCUGCUGGGCAAGGACGAAAGCGUCCGCUUCAUCAAUGUGGCGAUGUUUCAAGGUGCGCCAGACAAAAAGACCACCUCGCUGGCUGCGGCUGCAUCUGAAAACCCCUUGCUGGCGAAACAGGGAUUGGUGGAUCCGACACUGUUUGCGACGGCGUACGGGCGGGCGAGGUUCUACAUGUUCACGCGCGUCGAUCCAGACGCCCUUGGGGGAGCUGGCGACAACGAGAACCGGGAUGUGUUCAACGAGCGACCUACGCGGGAAGAGCAGACCAUCGCCUCUGCUACCGCCAUCGGGAACGGUCGUCGCUCCACUACCGCUUCGAGCGGCACAAAGCACACCGCAGCGACGCUCCACACCACGUUGGGCGACAUUCACCUCACUCUCUAUACAGAGUUGGUCCCCAAGACGUGCAGCAACUUUGUCGGCCUCGCGAAGAAGGGCUACUACGACAAGGUCAUCUUUCACCGCAUCAUCCGCAAAUUUAUGCUGCAGACGGGCGAUCCGCUGGGCGACGGCACGGGAGGCGAGAGCCUGUGGGGCGGCAACUUCGAGGAUGAGUUCCACCCGAGCUUGAAUCAUGCCAAGCCGUUUACGCUGAGCAUGGCGAAUGCGGGGCCGAACACCAACGGAAGCCAGUUUUUCAUUACCACCGUGCCGACGCCGUGGCUGGACCGAAAGCAUACCGUGUUUGGCAAGGUCGAGGCCGGAAUGGAUGUCGUCAAGCGGAUUGAGGAGGUCAAGGUGGAUAAGAACGACAAGCCAAGGCAGGACGUGCGCAUCAUCAAUGUGAGCCUGCGGUAG